UACAGUGCACAAAUGAAAUGAAUGUGAAUAUUCCGCAGUUGGCAGACAUGCUCUUUGAGAGAACGGCAAACAGUAGCUGGGUUGUAGUGUUCAAAGCUCUAAUUACAACACACCACCUCAUGAUGUAUGGAAACGAGCGCUUUAUCCAGUAUCUUGCAUCCCGAAACACUUUGUUCAAUUUAAAUAACUACCUGGACAAAAGUGCCAUGCAGGGCUAUGAUAUGUCUACCUUCAUUAGGCGAUAUAGCAGAUACUUGAAUGAAAAAGCACUUUCAUAUAGACUUGUAGCAGUUGACUUCACCAAAAUGAAAAGAGGGAUAGAUGGAGUGAUGAGAACCAUGAAUGCUGAAAAGCUUCUGAAAACCCUUCCAAUCAUACAAAACCAGCUUGAUGCACUCCUUGAUUUUGAUGCAAAUCCAAAUGAACUAACAAAUGGUGUUAUAAAUGCUGCCUUUAUGCUCCUCUUUAAAGAUUCCAUUAGACUUUUUGCAGCAUACAAUGAGGGGAUUAUUAAUCUUUUAGAAAGGUAUUUUGAUAUGAAGAAGAACCAGUGCAAAGAAGGCUUGGAUAUUUACAAAAAAUUUCUAGCCAGAAUGACCAAAUUGUCAGAAUUCCUCAAAGUAGCAGAGCAAGUUGGAAUUGAUCAGGGUGAUAUUCCAGAUCUUACUCAGGCACCCAGCAGCUUGCUUGAAGCACUGGAACAGCAUUUGGCUUCUGUGGAGGGAAAGAAAACAAAAGAAGUCUCCGCUGCCAGCAGAGCUAGUGCCCUAUCCAGUGCUGUUUCCACACUUGCCAAUACAGGAAUGUCAUUUAGCAGGAUGGAUGAGAAAGAAAAGCAGCAGGCAUUAGAGGAGGAACAAGCUAGACUGCAGGCACUUAAGGAGCAGCGGUUAAGAGAGAUUUCUGUAGUAUCAAAUUCCACUUCCACAUCAGCAUCCCCAAGCACCUUAUCAGGAAAAAGUGUGAAUACCACUGUAGCUGUUGACCUCUUUGCAGUGCCAGCCCCCACAACAAAUAGCAUGCCCAACCUUUCCAGUGAUCUUUUUGAUCUUCAGCCUGCAUUUGUUCCAACUGUGCAGAGUACUCCAGCUAUAUCGACAUCAGCAAGCAGCGCCUGGGGAGGUCCUUUCUCGUCCUCAAAUGGUUGUAUUGGUUCUCCACCUCAUCUGGACAUCUUUGACAUGAAGCCAGUUGAAGAAGCUGUAAAAUCUACCACCCCUUUCAUCAAUUCUACUUUUUCCUCCAAACAAACGGUGGAACUCUUUAGUGAUGACUUUAGUGGUCAUAAACCUACAUAUGCUUCUAUGUAUCAUCCUCUGACUGUUGAUGGUUUUCCUCUUCAUUCAGGUCCUCCAAGUACCACCUCUUCAACAAUUAAUGUGGACUUUGAUGCUGUUUUUGGAGGAAAAUCUACAGCACCAGAGUACAAGACUACAAGUGAUGAUGUAUUACAACCCACAGUACCACCACAAAGUCAAAGAGCCACUUUAGCCAACCAGCAAAGUGGAAAAAUUUUGGCCAAUGACCUUGAUUCUUCACUUGCUAAUCUAGUGGGAAAUCUUGGCUUUGGAGGAACUCCAUCCAAAAAAUCGGAUAUGCAGUGGACCCAGCCUACAGAGAAAAAACUUACUGGUGGAACAAACUGGCAAGCAAAAACAAGCACAUCGACCACGUGGAACCCUACUCCCUUACCCACUAUUCCACAUAUGGUACCUGCUCCUAUUGCAUACCCAUUGACCACACCUCAAGUGCCUGUAUAUGGAAUGGUACCUCCUCAGAUUGGAGCUGCUCCUUUGAUGGCACCCCAGUCAAUGAUGUACACACAGCCUGGUCUAAGGCCAACAAAUCCUUUUGCACCUGUUUCUGAAACUCAGAUACAGUUUAUGUAGAGCCGCCAAAGCAGCAAGAUGUGAGAACAACCAAAUACUGGUAAAAAAAAAAAGACUGAAUUUCAAUCUUUUCAUGAUGUAGUCCUGAACAGGGCAACUGUUUCUUCCCUGUAUAAUACAAUAUUAUUUUGAAUCGCAAUGCUUUAGAGAUUCUUGUUUAUAACAGUCACUGAGUGUGAAGUCAUGUUUGUUCACUGAUUUAUUUUUUUUUAAACUGCUCAGCAGAAAACUGUACUCUAUUGAGACUGACUCAGAAGGUGCAAGCUGGAUUAUCAUCUUCAAAGCUGAGAAGAGGGGUUACGUGAUUGCUCCACAACCUUAUUCAUCAGCGGAUUACCUUAGAAGUUAACUGAGGAUGUCAAAGCUAUUUAUUUUCUCCAUAAAUUCUGUGGCUGUUGUAACCAAGACACAACACAAAUGAAGUUGAGCAAUAAAAUUUUUAUGUGCUCUAAUAAAUACUCUGAUAGAGCAAUGCUUGCAUUAUCAUAAGGCAAAUAUUGUGUGAAAUCAGACAGCUUUUUCACAUUAGAAUAGCUUAUAGUAAUUUGCAAACUUUAUAAUGUGAGUUUGAAAUGCUGUGAAUCAACAAGAUAUAUACAUAUUGCAUAUAUAUAUAGUAAAAAUAAUAAAUUGCUCCAUUGGUAUGUCAGUGUUACAUGGCGAGUUGAAAGAGCC